AUGCCGGGCCGAAGUCGCGUGCGCCUGCGGGCCACGCAGCUUGUCGCGUGCGCGCUCGCGGCCGUGCUCGUCGCGACGUUCCUGCACGCGCAGCGCGCCGUAGAGCGCGUCGUCUACGGCGCCGCGGGCCCGGGCCCGCGGCGGCCGAGCGCGCCGCCGGCCGCCCCCGUGCAGCCGCGGCGGCCGAGCGCGCCGCCGGCGAUCCCCAGGCAUGCGGCACCGCGCGCGACGCCGCGCGACGACCGGUCGCCGUGCCGGGGCCCGCGGUCCUACGCGCAGGCGGCGUCGCUGCCCUGGCGGCUCUACGACGCCUUCGCGACCACCGCCGACGGCUGCGCGACGGCGACGUUCGUCGCCCAGUACGAGCGCGGCUGCGAGGAGAUGGCCGCCGUGCUCGAGGCGGCGGCGGCGCCGCUGAACGCGAGCGCGUGGCUGGCGACGGCGCGCGCGCCCGAGGGCGAGUGCCGCGUGUGCUACGUGAACCGAUUCGACACGGAGGAGCGGCCCAAGUUCGACGCGGAGAAGAGGCGCGCCUUCGAACGCGACGGCGGCGCGACGACGGAUCUGGCCUGCGUCUUCGACGACGGCUCGGAGGUCGCGGCGACGGGGCACGGCGACUUCCACGCGUUCCGGUCGACGCUCGUCUUCGAGUGCGCGAUCCCCGAGCCCCUGCGCGCGCGCGCCUGCGGCGCCGACGCGCUCCGGCACCGCGACACGGGCGUGCACGUCGCCCUGCGGGCCGGCGGCCGCGCCCACGACGCGCGCGUGCCCGUGUGCGCCUUCGACGCGCGCGCGAGGGAACGCGGGGGCGUCGGCGCGGUCGCGUGGACGUCCGGCGACGCCUACGUGGACCGGAGCGGCCUCGUCAAGGGCGCCGCGAGCGACGCGCAGCUCCGGGCCUGGCUCGCGGCGCACUGGGCCUUUGGCGUGCGCUACUUCCUCGUCUUCGACUCCGGCGCCGGUUGGACGGAGCCCGAGCGGUCGGCGCUCUGGCCCGCGAUGGCGCCCUUCGUGGCGGCGGGCCGCGGCGCGCUGCUCCCCUGGCCGUCGCGCGCGUGCGGCGCGCGCGGCGACGGGCCCUGGGUGACGUUGGACGCGGGCGAGCACGACGCGCUGAGCCUCCAGUCGUUCUCCGUGCCGGAAACAACCGGCGGAACGCCCUGUCCAGCAAAAAACUCUCUAUCUCGGUCACAUCGAAGUCGUUUCGGCUGA